AAGGGCUUUGUUGUUGUUGUUUGUUUGUUUGUUUGUUUGUUUGUUUGUUUGUUUGUUUGUUUGUUUGAAGUGAGAUUGGGAGAAAAGAGAUAAUCAGGCACUUCUGGCUUCUAGAGAGAAGAUGAAUGAUUCCAACCUCUCUUCAGGUUCAUGAAUAGAGAAAGACUCUAGGGAAAAGCUCAUGAACUCAUGAACUCAACAACUCAUGAAACCAUUUGUGAAGGCUUGGAAUGGGUUUAAUAUAGGUCACUGUAGAAGGAAGCACCCCACCAUAGAAAGCCCAGAUGUUUUGAAGUAUCAAAAUAAGUAUUUUCCCAUUAGGAGAAAUGCUGGAUUUCAUUUCCCAGGCUUAACCUGUCAGCCCCCAAAGGCAGGGCUUCCCGCCUGCCAAGUAUGACACCACCAGAGGUACAUUUCUGGCAUCACAAGGUUCCAUGAGGUCACAGCACCCUUAUCUAUGUCACAACCUACCAGCCACAGCAAGUCAUUGACCUCCUCUACAGAGAGGGGAGCAGGCCUGUCUUGGCACUAAACCUACCCCAUCAGACACUACUUGCUCUCCACCAAGAAUUAGCCCCUCGGUGAAACGGAAAAUGAAAACCUGUCCUGUUCUCAAGGUUGGGUAUCACCAUGCAGGGCACAAAGAGGCCAUCAGUCCCCAAGGGAUCAGGGCUCAGCAGGGGCAGGAACAAGGACAUGGAGAGUACUCAGAAAAGUAGUGAGAAAAAUAUUGAAUUUGGAGUUGGGAGACCUCUGUUUGAACCUUGGCUGUGCAAGUUCCAAGCUUUGUAACCUUCUGAAAGUCAUUUCAGCUCUCUUAAGGGCACCUGUUCCCUAAUCUGAAAUAUGAGACAAUGGUUGUAGAUGAUCUCUUAAUUUUCCUUUUAGCCCUAAAUCCUAUGACCCUAGAAAACACAGCACAGGGAGCUGCCAUAUAUACCUACUGUUGAACCAAAGCUGGGCUCUGAACCUCCACUUCUCACCAGAAGUCAUCAAGGGCUAUUGAACGUAAGAGCCCAGGCUAUGCAAUACAUAGAAAUUCCUCUUUCUAUAACAUCUCUCCAAAACUUCUCUUUCCCCAGGUCCAAAGUAUGGAACAGUGGAAAAGGAGGUCCAGACCUGGCAGGGAGGCUGAGCUAAACCAGCUGAGGACGGUGAUGAAGAACCUGUCACUCCUGAAACUGUUAAAGAAGUCAAAUCCCCGUGUAAUAGGUCUCCAUAGUCUGGCGAAGUCCUGCUGGAAGCUGCUGUUUCAAGUGCCCCAGAUACUGCGUGUUUCCUCUAGGACCAGUAGUGGUACUUCUUCCCAACUAAUGGAAAUGGACAGAGCCCCCAUAGAGAUUGGAGACCUGGUAGCAAAGAAUGCAAAAGUAGAGAAGGCAAAGGCAAAGGUGGAGAAGGCCAAGAGAGAGGCCAAGAAGACAACAAGUACUGAGAGUCAAUGCUGCCCCUUCUCCAUCUCCUCUUGCUACUCCAAGGCCAAAACCACCAAGGCUUCUCACUUCAUUGUCUUGAAGACUUUCCCCAAAUCCCAUAAAGCAACCUCCCAGAACUUUAGCACACCUUGGACAUGGUUUGAGGGCCUGCCCAAACGCAUCCACAUACCAGCCCCCAGAGCACUCUGUCGGCCUUCUGCACUUCGUUGGGUAAAGCGCUGCUGUACUCGGUUCUGUUCUGCAUCCUUGGAGCUGCCAAGGGCUUACCCCUACAAUGCAUGAUUCAGGCUGCUGCCUGGGUCAAAUGUCUUAAAACCCUGGCUCUCUGUGUGUUUAUUGGUGGUAGGUUGGGAGUUGGAAUGGGAGGCAAAAGUUAAACCCAUACAGCCUGACAAUAAUACCCUCCCCCUAAGGUAUCUUAGAUAUUAUCUCACCUUCACAGGUUGAGACAUUAAGGCCCAGGGAAGAGGGGAAAUGACUUGAACAGCUAAUAGGCAGCAGAGCUGGGACUGGAACCCAAGCUUCCUAACUAUAAAUAUAGUGAUAUAUUAAACUAAUAACAAUAAUCUAGGAGAUGUUAGAGUGGCAUAUUGCAGAAGGAACUGGCCAGAUUAGGAAGACCAGAGUAAGAUCAGAUCUACCUCUGAUUUGGUGUUCAGUCAUUUUUCCAGUUGCAUCAUGACCUCAUUUAGGGUUUUC